UCCGCCCAAAAGGGAAAUGACGCCGGUGCAGAAAAUGGCGUCCGAAAAGCCUGAGAACCGCUGUGGUGUGUUAGCCGUUUAAAUUUGCAGGCGAGUAAAGGGGGGGGGGGUCUCUUCGUCUGGCAGAUGGACGAUAACAUGGCAGUGCACCGCUGCCGUCCGCUUUCUUAAUUCCGGAAUAGAACCCGCAACUUCAUGUCCGGAGGAGCCGGAGCUGCCUGGUCGAAGAGGGGUUGUGGGGAUUCGAACCGCCGAGAUCCAGGGAAACAUAAACACAGGAAAUGCGAGCGACCCCUUAGCGCUCAGCUGUCAAAGCCUGUGAUUGUUCGCCCGGGCUCCAAAAGGUGAUUGACGCUCAGAAAAGGGACAUUGUUAGCAUCUACAGGACACAAGGGGCACUGUCCUCUGAUUGGCUCGGACAACCCCCUCUGACAUGCCCGUGGCCAAUCAGAGGUGUGUUAUGUCGGGGGCAGAUGUGGAGGUGUACCUGUCCCAGGUGCAUGAUGGGAGUGUGUCAUCGGGCUUCCGGGCGCUUUAUGAGGAGCGUCUGUUGCUUGAUGUCACACUGUUGAUCGAGGAGCACCACUUCCAGGCCCACAAGGCGCUUCUGGCCACCCAGAGCGACUACUUCAGGGUCAUGUUCACCGCAGACAUGAGGGAGAGGGACCAGGACAAGAUCCACAUGAAGGGGCUGACAGCUGCAGGAUUCGGACACAUCCUCCGCUUCAUGUACUACGGCUCCCUGGAGCUCAGCAUGCCCACAGUGCAGGAGAUCCUUCAGGCGGCGAUGUACGUCCAGCUGACGGAGGCGGUGGAGUUCUGCUGCUCCUUCCUGCUGGCGAAGAUCUGCUUGGAGAACUGUGCUGAGGUCAUGCGCCUCCUGGAGGACUUCAGCGUGGGCGUGGAGGGCGUCCAGGAGCAGCUCGACAACUUCCUACUAGACAACUUUGUCCCCCUCAUGAGCAGACCCGACUUCCUGUCCUACCUCAGCCUGGAGAGACUACAGGCUUACUUGAAUAGCGACGCGCUGAGUCGUUUCCCAGAAAUCGAGCUGUAUGAAGCUGUUCAGUCGUGGCUGCGACAUGACCGGCGGCGCUGGAGGCACACGGACACCAUCGUGCAGUCCAUCCGCUUCUGCCUCAUGACUCCUGCUAACAUCUUUGAGAAGGUGAAGACGUCAGAGUUUUACAGAUACUCCCGGCAGCUGAGGCAGGAGGUGGAUCAGGCGCUCAGCUACUUCCAUGAUGUCAACCAGCAGCCUCUGGUGGAGACGCGCUCCAACCGCAUCCGCUCCGUCCGCCCGCAGACCGCCGUCUUCAGGGGAAUGAUUGGACACAGUAUGGUCAACAGCAAGAUCUUGCUGCUGCAGCGCCCAAAGGUGUGGUGGGAGCUGGAGGGACCUCAGGUGCCAUUGCGACCAGACUGUCUGGCAAUCGUCAACAACUUUGCCUUCCUGUUGGGUGGAGAGGAGCUCGGGCCCGACGGGGAGUUUCACGCCUCUUCGAAGGUCUACCGCUAUGACCCCCGACAGAACUCGUGGCUCCGCAUGGCUGACAUGUCUGUGCCAAGGUCAGAGUUUGCGGUGGGCGUCAUCGGGAAGUUCAUUUACGCAGUAGCAGGCCGCACGCGAGACGAGACCUUCUACUCCACAGAGCGCUAUGACAUCACAGAGGACCGCUGGGAGUUUGUGGAUCCGUAUCCAGUGAACAAGUACGGCCAUGAGGGGACGGUCCUGAACGGUAAACUUUACAUCACGGGCGGCAUCACCUCAUCCUCCACCUCCAAACAGGUGUGCGUUUUUGAUCCGGGGCGGGAGGCAGGGGGUGGAGGAGGAGGAGGAGGAGGAGGAGGUGGAGGUGUAGGCGGGGGCAGCGGAGGGAGCUCGGGGGGAUCGGAUUCACACAGGACACGCCCAGGCCGAGGCGCGCUGCUGCCCGGCACACACACCAGCUGCUGGGAGAACAAAUCCAAAAUGAACUACGCUCGCUGCUUCCACAAGAUGAUCUCUCACAACGGGAAGUUGUACGUGUUUGGAGGCGUGUGCGUGAUCCUGCGCGCCUCUUUCGAGUCACAAGGCUGCCCGUCUACCGAGGUGUACGACCCCGACACCGACGAGUGGACCAUUCUCGCCUCUAUGCCCAUCGGCCGCAGCGGCCACGGGGUUGCAGUUUUGGACAGGCAGAUCAUGGUGCUGGGCGGUCUUUGUUACAACGGCCACUACAGUGACUCCAUCCUCACAUUCGACCCCGACGAAAACAAGUGGAAGGAGGAUGAGUAUCCCAGGAUGCCUUGCAAACUGGACGGUCUGCAGGUGUGCAGUCUCCACUUCCCAGAGUAUGUGCUCGAGCACGUGAGACGCUGCAGCUGAGGUCUGCUUUUUAUAGAAACAGGAAUGCUCCGUAUGAGGACUGAGGUCUCCUGCUGGGGAUCAGGUGUUUCCAGGUGGAGACUCGCUUGACACGCAGGCUUUUAAUCCAGAGACCAGCACUUACCUAAGGGGAGGGAAGAUGUCCGGCCCGUAGGUUUACUCUUCUAUAUGAAGGCAGUGGAAGCAGGGCGUGGUGUGACAUCACAUGUUGACAGUCAGCUUGAGCAUUUUCAGAAAUAGCUUUUUCAGAAAAUUACGAAAAAAUAUGAAUGGGGAGAAAAAAAGGUUUAUGUUUGGACUGUGGUCAGUUUCCUAUUCUACUACUCACCUUCUGUAUUUAGGCUGCUGUCCAGUCAGGCUUCUGCAGAAACGCACUGGAAGCUUUACAUUUAGACAUUCACAAACGGACUUAUAUAGGUUUCGUAUCCCUUGUGAAACAUCUUGUCUGAGUUAGGGUUCAUAUAGCUCCCCAUGACAUAUUUAUAGACAAUAAAAACAUCCAGUUUAUCUGUAAUCAAGAUGAUCGUAUUGAGAAAUAAGUUAGUGAGAGCCAAGACAUUGGUGAGCUUUUCAAACAAUCAAGAAAUGCACUGAACGAUUUCUAACAGCAUUUUAAAGCAUACAAUCAGGUAUAUAAACUAAAUAUAGACACUAUAUGCUGUAGUUUAGCUGAUUUGUAAAGCCUGUCUCCAAAUAUACAAAGCAAAGAGAAUAUAAACAUGAUGUUUCCAGCUCAAACAUUUAGAUUUAUCACUCACACGAUCAGUUUAUGCUUCCAGUGCGUUCCAGCUUUUAGUCCUUACUCUUCUCUUUACUCCCAGAUACCCAUCAUACUGUACUCAUGUUCAUAUUACAUCACCACAUCUCCUCCCUCUGCUCCGGGAAUAUAAAUGUGUGAAUGUGCGAGUGUGUGUAAGAAGAAGUUGAAUGUGAGUUUAAGUGGGGGGAAAAAACACUACAUGGUACAUUAUUUCUCAUCCGCUGAUGAUGUCAUAAGAUAAUAGUGACAGGAUCAAAGGUAAAAGGAUGUCGUCUGUGUCCGUCUCGUCACUGGCAGUGCUUUACUGACUCUCCUCUACAUUCCCUGCACUUUACUGGCUCUUAUUGUGGCUCUCGGGUUUUAAUGCGCAGUCUGCAGGUUUAAAAACAUGUUGUGUGAUGUUACAGAUGUUUACCAGUCUCUGAAAUUAACUUCCUGGCUGACAAAUCAAAAGGAGCUCUUAAGAGCCCACCAUGAUGUGAGACUCGAAAAUUAAUUUAAUGUGAAAUUGCCGUAAUUUUGAAACCCCGAACAUGACCAAAUAAGGCCUACGUCUGAAAAUACCAGCAUCAUCGUCUCGAAGAAACAUUGAGCCUCAUGCAAGAUCACUGUGGGAGGUUUGCUCGUACACACAUAUCUUAACCUGAUAAACUUGAUGUUGAGUUUCCUUUUCUCUGCUCGAAGAACACCUAAGCGAUUGCUUUAUUAGCGUCAUCAUUCUUAGUGCCAAAUCAGGCCGCCUGUGUCUCAUUGCUGCUGAGGCAAGUGCCAAUUUAAAAAAAAUGAAGUUACCAAAGAUUAAAAAUAACUCAUUUACAAUGCAGAGCUUCAACUCAUGCUGCUUGAAACAGGUAAAGAAAUCCACUGGUGUCAAGAAUUUGUUCAUAGAGGGCCUGAAAUGUUAGAAAAUAUUACAAGUCCUGCCAAAAUCAACAUCAGGCAGCUCUCUGCUGCAUCAUUCAUCACUCAACACAAGGCCAGGUGUUAAACAAUGUGUCUUUUUAAGCUAAGCAGUUUGAAAGAGUCUGUUAGACAGAGAUACCAGACAUGUGUCACCAAACAGUGGGCAUUACAACGUUAGGACCUCCAGUUUCUCAGUAUCAUGCUCAGAUUCAUCACCUGAGGCAGCUGUUAUAUUUCAAUGCCUGUGCUCAAAUUAAAAAUGUACUUUGCUAGUUAAUGGUAAUCUGCACACAUGUUGAGAAACAUAAUGAUGAUGUUGCAUUAAGUAUUUCCUGGUUAUAGAUUUUAUUUAGAUAUUUCUGUAUAUUUGAACUCCAGUUUCAUGCAGAUGAAGGCAUUGUGAUCAGGAAAAAUCAAGUGUUUCCUCUUUUGCAAAGUGUGUAAGAUGAGUCUGGACAACUAGUGAAUUUCCUAAUUUCCCAGCAGAUAUCCCAAACUGUUUCAUAACGUUAGUACAACAAUGACUGCUUUCAUAUGAGGGAUUCUUGCACGAGGCUCAAAGUUGAUAAAUGUACUCAUUUUAUGGUUUUAGUCGACAAAACCCAAGAAAUUAGAAUUUAGGCCUUCACGAAACAAAAGUUGUCAAAUCAAUCUCAACAAAAGCUCAAUCUGUCCUCCAAAACUGAAUUUAGCAGUGUUUUGUUUUGAAGCCAGGUGUGUAAGUUUCAGACAUUGAAACGUCUCCUGGAUUGAUACGUUCACGUUAUUUAUAAAGCAGUUGCAGAUAUUAUGUUGUCGUAUAAACUGUAGAGCAUUCACGUCUAAGCAGUCCAGCGCCUUGACCCUGCAGCCCUGAGAUCCCUGCUCCAUGACCAGCUCCAUGUUUUUGACCUGAUGUUUAUUUUUUAUUUCUUUCAUGAGCCGACUGUGAAAAGGGCUAGAGUGCAUACUGAUGCAGUUCUGUACGUCUGCCGUGUAUUUAAGUUAUUUAAGUUAAAGUAUUGCUUACACCGAGCUAUGCAGUAACAGUUGUAGGGUUAUUUAUUACGAAGGAAGAGUUUCAUUUGUGAAUUUGUGGUGUUUUCAGAUUGUUCUUUGUCCUCAGGUGGCUGCCCUGUCCGCCUCAGCAGCACUGUAUGUGGCUAAUGAAUGGAGUGCAGUCUUUUCUCCAGUGUAAAUGGAAAAGAAGGGUCAAUAAAAUCAGAAAGAGUUCUGUCCAAACAGAAGAAGAGGUACAUUUUAAACAAGGGUACAAGUGUCAAUUAAAUAGCCGUCUCGAGCAUCUUUACUUUUUCCUGUAUGCAAAUUGUCAUUAGCCAAGUUUAACUUAAUCUUUUCUUGAACGCAAACUUGUUUCCGAGGAAUCUGACUUGAAUUUCUUCCCUCUGGUAUUAUCCUUUAAUUCAUGGCUCUACCUGUUGUUCAUGCACACACCUCUUUCGCCGCAGCAUUACAGUGUUCAUGCGACGCAACUCUGGGUUCAUGUUUUUGGGAAAAUGUUUUACAUUGUGUGGCUGGUACAAAUCUUAGCUUGUGCAGGUUUUCACGUUUUAACGCGGCGAGAAUCUGUGUGUGUGUCACUGUGGACUUCUCCAAGCAGCUUUUAUGACACACAUAAGGGGAGAUGUUUGAAAGUAAAACACGUUAAGUACAAAACAUUCAGUAACAAUGAAAAUAUCCAACCUCAUUUCCUAGGUAUGGAAGCCCUCAGAGGACAUGCAUCCAUACAUCUGAUUUUACAGCAUUUUCCUGUGAUAAUGAAUUAUUUCUCAAGAACUCAAUUUAUUUAUGUCAUUAUCCUGAAUGCUGUUUUUCUCUCUAUUAGUUUCUUAAGAGCUUGAGAAAACAAUGUACUGGAGCUUGUUAUCACUGUCAAAUGCAGUAAAAUCAAAUGUAUGCAUGCAUGUACUCUUUAAGACUUCCACACCUAAGUUCUAUGAAUGACUUCCACUCAUAACUAAAAAAAGGACCUUGCACGAGCAAAUGUUGUUUUACUAUAAAAAGUGAAUUUAUUAAAAAGAAGUUUAUUUGUUUUCUUUCAAUGAACUUAUUGAUUAAUCAGCUAGGUGCAUUGUAGCUUCAUGUCAUGAACAAUAAUUUGGACGUUCUUUGCUAAAAGACCUGGUAAGUAGAUACAACGUAAACAUUUAAAUAAAUAAGAAAUUAGACAGUUUUGCUUUCAAACGGUUUCCCCUCAAAAUAAAACACUUUCUUUUUUUCAAAUCACUUCACUUUCUCUGUUUUUUAAGGUUCAAUAACAUUUUAAUCAUGUUUUUUCUAUUAUUUUAUUUCCAAAGCUGUAAUUUUCCUGUUUUCAAGAUCUUAUGUUUCUGUUUUUGCACUUUAAAAAAACCGUUAGAUUCAAUAAUCUUUUGAGGUUCCACAUGUGAUAAACACACAAAUUGUUACACAGUCAGGGGCAGGUCUGGUGGGAAACAGGCCUCUGUAACUCAAUGUACUCUGCAGCUGAUAUCAUCAUCUUCAUCAUCAUCAUCUUCAUAUCUGCCUCUCUGCAGCCUCUCCCUCCUCUUCUUCCUCUCAUGUUGCUGUUAAAAGAAGAAACAUGUAACCAAUAAAGUACUACUGUCCUGAUUUGAGGCACAUCAGUCAUAACGCAGCAUCCUUUAGUCCACCAGUCUUCAGUCUGUCGGUAGGAAAAACAGAAUAGAGGAUUUAAAAAAAAAAAAACUUGCUACAACGACUGUAUCCGAAAAAGAAAGUAAAAUCAGAUUAACAUAUCUUAUUAUCUGAGUAGAAACACUUUGGAAACGAUUUGUAACUUCUUUCCAGAAAUAAAUGUUCAUAUUGGUCGACUUUCA